CACCACGCAUGCACUUAUAAAACGGAGCACUGUUUUAAACGUGCAUUUUAAGAAAAUAAGACACGCUUAAUGCAUGGUGAGGCAAGUUUUAAAUACAACGCUUACAUUCCAACUACAACUUCUUUGCAGUAUGCAACCCAGUUACUUCCGGGUUAAGGUUUGGUGUUCGUAGGCGCGGGAAACUAUCUUGUCUGAAACUUAAAAGUUGUCAAGGUUUCAAGUUAUACUGUGAUGGAUCCUUCGGAGGUGGAAUUCUUGGCAGAAAAGGAGAUGAUUACUAUCAUCCCUAACUUCAGCCUUGAUAAGAUAUAUCUAAUUGGAGGAGACUUGGGACCUUUUAAUCCUGGUUUGCCUGUUGAAGUACCUCUUUGGCUGGCUAUUAACCUGAAGCAGAGACAAAAAUGUAGGAUAGUGCCUCCAGAGUGGAUGGAUGUUGAAAAACUAGAGCAAAUCCGGGAACAGGAGAGAAAAGAAGAAACCUUUACCCCAAUGCCUAAUCCAUACUAUAUGGAACUGACGAAGUUACUGCUAAACCAUGCAUCAGACAAUAUUCCAAAAGCAGAUGAGAUCAGGACAUUGGUGAAGGAUACAUGGGAUACACGGAUCGCUAAGCUCCGGCUGUCUGCAGACAGCUUUGUCAGCCAGCAAGAAGCUCAUGCUAAGCUGGACAACCUAACACUUCUGGAGAUAAACACUAUUGGAACAUUUCUGACAGAAUCUUUGAAUCACAUGUACAAAUUUCGAACCAUCCUUCAUCCUGAAGAAGAGGCACAGUCUCAGGAUAUCUAAAUAAGAAAUGCAUUCUGUUAACACGUGCAUUUAGAUGAAACAAACAGCAGUAUAUAGAGAACCAUUUAAAAUAACUAAUUUUUUGCUGACUGCUCAGAUGAACUGUGCUGGAAGACUUUUGGAUGCAAAAGUUCUGUUGGCUUGCCUUCUUCAUAUUGUGAUGUGUGCAUACUGGUUGCAUUUCAUAAUCAGUCAUGCUAUAAAACAGUUUGUGCAAGACUGGCAAGGAGCAGCAAGGUGUCCGACUCAUUUCACAGAUUGGUCAAGUCUCUCUAUCUGUACAUAACAGAUAGCCUUGAAGUCUUGAGAAAACUUGGCAGACUGCGUCUACCGUGGCAAUUUCUGUGCACAGGCACAAGAACUUUACCUACUUAAAUGGAAUGCAAGAAACUGUGUUUAAUCUAGUCUCUUAUUGCUGCUCAUUGUUUGUGCUUUUCUAAUUGCUACAGUGAAGGGAUUUGUUUUUACUUGUCUGCCACCUAGUGGAGAGGAAGAGACACUACUACAAACGUAUCUAGAAGAUGAACAUUGUUUUGAUUUGUAGUACCUAUCAAGUGUCUUUAAGAUAUUCAUCUUUCAGCUGUAGUUAAGUACUGCCUUGGCUUUUUAAAAAUAUUUAUGCAAAUUACCAUAGUAACAGUUUAAAGUGAUUUGAUAUUUUUUUCUUAUUUA